AUAUUAUACCAGUUUUAAUAUUUGGAAUUUACUGGGUUGGCGGAAAUAGGAAAAUCACAAUGCGACGUCUGUUGUUAUUGUGUCUAAAUUAAUUGUAAAUUUACCGCCACCAGUGUUUAAAAUUAAUUAUGAUAUGACCUCACAUGAUAUUACAUAGAGUCUUUCACAGUUUAAUUGUAAAAAAAAAUCUUUUCGAUGGACAGUAGACAGAUAACUAAUUAACUACAAUUCGCUCUUGACAACAUUAAGUUGAAUAGUAUGAUUUAAACAUAAAUUUUAAAGGGAAGUUUCAUAUUUUUAUGCUUAUUUAAAAAUGUCACUAACUGGUGUACUUUCUAGUUCUAAAUUUAUAUGCAUGAUAAUAUGAAACUUUCGUUUAAACGCAAAACAAUUUCUUAUUAUUAAGUGCAUAUAAACUUGUUAUUGGCUGAUAGAUGAAUAUGUGCAGAUAUAAUGCUGUAAAAUUAUCGGGUUCGAUGUUCACAAAAUUGGUAUAUUGUGUGUACAGUGACAACGUAAAUACAAUCGACGUGGAACCUCAUUGCGUGUACAGCCAGAAAUAAAAGCUGAAUUACUUAUGUGUUGUUAUCAGAUGUCUAACUUAACUUGAAAUGGGAAACUUGUCUUUGCGCCAAAGAAAGCCCAUAAAAGUACUUGUUUUGGGUUUGGACUACUCUGGGAAAAGCAGCCUUCUGCUUCAGGCCAAUCUUGGAGAAGUUGUAACGUCGAUUCCAACAAUUGGAUUUAAUGUUGAAACGGUUUCACACAAGAAUAUAAUUCUACAAGCUUGGGAUGUCGGCGGAAGGAGUAAAAUCCGGCCAUUAUUAAGGCAUUACUACCAAAAUACCGAAGCGGUUAUUUUUGUUGUGGACAGUUCUGACGAGGAGAGACUCCCCGAGGCUGAGCGAGAACUAUUGAGUCUGGUGUCAGAGUCGGAGUUAGAGGGUGUCCCGGUAGCUGUCGCCCUCAAUAAGUGGGAUCUCUCUCGUCAUAUGUCGAGGGAGAGGAUGCAUCAAGCAUUGGGGCUCGCUGAACUCAGGAAGAGCAGACCUUGCAAAAGUUUCUCUACUUCCUCCGUCUCCGACAGUAAAUCCGAUUUUUUCGAUAUGCUGGAAUGGUUAAACGACAACACAAGACGGACGGAGGAAAAUAGACGGAGUAAUAUUGUGACCGGACAAUCAUCUGUACCUGUUUUACAGCGUGUUGUUUUUAAACUUAAAAGUUUGUUGCUGACUUAACAUCAGUGAAUCCUGGUUCGAGUCUCUGCAGCAUAAUUAUACUGAAUGGCAUGCUUCAAGACGAAGAUUUUGAAAAAUAGUUCAUAUCAAUUGCAUGCUCUAAGUUAUGUUAAAAUGAAACUGAAUUUUGAU